AAAGUUUAAACAAAACCGAACCACAACCGAUUCCCGCACCCACCCAGUCACACCAAUUUCGCACCCCACUUCUCGUAACUUCCGUAACCCUCUCUUUUCUUCCGUCCCUCGUAUUUUCCACGCCAACUUCAUAUUCUCUUCAUCGCUUUUCCAUUUCUCAAAAACCCUCUCUCGCUCCAUCAGAGGGUUGCGAAAAAUGGAAAACGACGACGUUAAGAUACCCUUGUUGCAACCACCACCACCACCACCACCACAAGACGCCGCCACCAUUAAGACAGUUACGUUCCGAAUAACUGACAUCAAGUGCGCCUCUUGUGUCAAUUCCAUCGAAUCCGCACUUAAAACCCUCGCCGGCAUCAAAACCGUCGCGGUCUCGCCGCUCGAUGGCCGCGCCGCCAUCAAAUUCGAACCCAACUUAAUAACCGUGAAAAGGAUAAAAGAGAGCAUAGAGGAAACUGGAUUUAAAGUUGAUGAGGUUUAUGACGACGAGCAAGAGAUAUCGGUGUGCCGAGUUAGGAUUAAAGGGAUGGCGUGCACGAGCUGUUCUGAGUCUAUUGAGAAUGCUCUCCAAAUGGUUGAUGGGGUGAAAAGGGCGAUAGUUGGUCUGGCUUUAGAGGAGGCGAAAGUGCACUUUGAUCCUAGCGUUACCGGUGCGGACAAGAUAAUCGAAGCGGUAGAAGAUGCAGGGUUUGGAGCUGAGCUUAUUAGCUCCGGGAAUGAUAUGAACAAGGUGCAUUUACUGCUCGAAGGGGUUGAUUCGGAAGAAGAUGCUAAUGUUCUCGCGGCUUCUCUUGAGUUAGCUGCAGGGGUGAAUCGUGUUGAGAUGGAUUUUUCGGAGCGUAGAGUUAUAAUUAGCUAUGAGCCUGACGUUACCGGUCCGAGAUAUCUCAUUGAGUGUGUUAAGGCUGCUAGUCGCGGCACCAAGAUUUAUGGAGCAACUUUGUAUUCGCCUUCUGGACAAAGAGAAAGGGAUAAAGUGAAUGAAAUUCGUGUGUAUAGGGACCAAUUUUUGUUCAGCUGCUUGUUUUCUGUUCCGGUGUUCGUGUUUGCCAUGGUGCUUCCCAUGCUUCCUCCGUAUGGCAACUGGUUAAAUUAUAGAAUCCAUAACAUGCUUACUCUUGGGUUGUUUUUAAGAUGGAUCCUUUGCACGCCCGUACAGUUCAUUGUUGGCAAAAGGUUCUAUGUGGGGUCAUAUCAUGCACUGAGGAGAAGAUCUGCUAACAUGGAUGUGCUGGUUGCACUAGGCACUAAUGCUGCUUAUUUUUACUCAUUGUAUAUUGUAAUAAAAGCACUGACUUCAGAUACCUUUGAAGGACAAGAUUUCUUUGAGACCAGUUCCAUGUUGAUAUCCUUUAUUCUAUUAGGGAAGUAUUUGGAGAUGGUGGCUAAAGGAAAAACAUCAGAUGCUUUAGGAAAGCUGACUCAACUUGUUCCUGAUAAAGCUUAUUUGGUAAUAAUUGAUGCUGAUGGAAAUGUCAUCACGGAAACAGAAAUUGAAACUCAACUUAUACAAAAGAAUGACAUAAUUAAGAUUGUUCCUGGGGCCAAAAUUCCCAUUGAUGGGGUUGUUAUUAAAGGGCAUAGCUAUGCGAAUGAAAGUAUGAUCACUGGGGAAGCAAAACCUGUUGAUAAAAGUCCAGGAGACAAGGUUAUCAGUGGAACCAUCAAUGAGAAUGGCUGCAUAGUAGUUAAAGCCACACAUGUUGGAUCAGACACUGCACUUUCUCAAAUUGUUCAACUAGUAGAAGCUGCUCAACUUGCCAAAGCACCAGUUCAAAAACUUGCAGACCAUAUUUCAAGGGUUUUUGUUCCAAUAGUGGUUGUUGUGGCACUCUUAACUUGGUUGGGAUGGCUCAUUCCUGGAGAAGCUGGUAUUUACCCUAAACAUUGGAUUCCAAAAGGCAUGGAUGCAUUUGAGCUUGCUUUGCAGUUUGCUAUUUCUGUGCUAGUUGUUGCAUGCCCAUGUGCUCUGGGCCUAGCAACACCAACUGCAGUCAUGGUUGCUUCAGGAAUUGGUGCUUCUCAAGGGGUGCUCAUCAAGGGUGGAGAUGCCCUGGAAAAGGCACACAAGGUAACAGUUGUUGUGUUUGAUAAGACAGGGACGCUAACAGUAGGGAAGCCAGUGGUAGUUAGUGCAGUGCUGUUUUCUGAAUUUUCCAUGGAGGAGUUAUGUGACAUGGCGAUUGCUGUUGAGGGAAGUAGCGAACACCCACUAGCAAAAGCUGUUGUGACACAUGCAAAGAGCCUGCGACCGAAAUUUGGUUCCUGCAAUGAGGAAGUCCCGGAUGUGAAUGAUUUUGAGGUACAUAUGGGAGCUGGGGUAAGUGGAAAGGUUGGUGAUACGACUGUUUUAGUUGGAAACAAGAGACUGAUGCAUGCUUGUAAUGUUCCAAUAUCUUCCGAGGUGGAGAAGUACAUCUCUGAAAAUGAAAUUCUGGCUAGAACAUGUGUUUUAGUUUCCAUUAACGGAAAGAUAGCUGGAGCAUUCUCUGUAACUGAUCCUGUAAAGCCAGAGGCUAAACGUGUCAUAUCAUAUCUACACUCCAUGGGAAUCUCAAGCAUCAUAGUAACUGGUGAUAACCGUGCUACUGCAACUGCUAUUGCAAAGGAAGUCGGUAUUGAUAAGGUCUUUGCUGAGACAGAUCCACUUGGCAAAGCUGAUAGGGUGAAAGACUUGCAGGGGAAGGGAAUGAUUGUGGCAAUGGUGGGUGAUGGAAUAAAUGACUCGCCAGCCUUAGUUGCUGCUGAUGUUGGCAUGGCAAUUGGUGCCGGAACUGACGUAGCUAUAGAAGCAGCUGAUAUAGUUCUAGUCAAAAGCAGUUUAGCAGAUGUUAUUACCGCCAUAGAUCUAUCUAGAAAAACCAUGUCUCGUAUCCGAUUGAACUACAUCUGGGCUCUUGGUUACAACAUUCUAGGAAUGCCAAUUGCUGCUGGUGUCUUAUACCCGUUUACUGGAAUCAGAUUGCCACCAUGGCUUGCUGGUGCAUGCAUGGCUGCUUCUUCUCUUAGUGUGGUUUCUUCGUCUCUUCUGCUGCAGUUCUAUAAAAAACCUUUGCAUGUAGAAUCCAUGUAAUAGGCUAUUUAUGCACUCUGGUUCGAUUAGAGGAUCCACAUUUUGGCCGUUUUAAGACCUAGAUGUAACCACUGAUCAUCCAAUUGAUAUAGUUCUAUUAAUGAUAUUUUUUUUGGUAUUGUUAUUUUCA